CUCCGCAACCACUUUGUGCCCGUGACACGCGGUCCAAGGAUAGAAAAAAGCCGGAAGCCGGAGGCCGCGAACCCGAGAAAAUCCGAGUCAAGGGUGGAGAACAAGGAAGUCCAAAGCCUGUGCGUUCGCGUGGUGACAGUGUGUCUCAGAGCUCGAAUCGUCGUUCAAGAAUCAUCCGACGACCAUGAGGAUACCCGCGUCCGCCUUGCUGGCCCUCGGCCUGGCCCUCUGCGCGACCUGUGAACCGAUCCAGAAGAAAGAGGACACCGACAGUGCCUUCAACUGCGUGUUCGAGGACAACACCGUCGACUGUCUGAGGACCAGGCUGGCCAGGGAUCUCGAUCGGACCGAGAUCGAGAUGACCGGCAAGCUGAGCGAGCCGCCGCUCAGCGCGGUCAUGGAGCAGACCGGCAAUUUCGUCGCCGAGGUCGCCGACAGCAUUCAAAAUCCGGAGGAAGAGGAGCCCGAGGUCCAAGCCGGCGAGCAAGUGGAGGGUCGCAAGAAGAAGUUCGGCAAGAAGAAGCAGAGACAGCUGCAGAAGCUGCUGGCCUUGGCGAUGGUGCUGAAAGCGAAGCUGAGCUUGAUAUUCCAGAUAAUCGGCACCCAUUUCCAAUGGAAGGCGGUCCUCUUCUCGUUCCUCACCCUCGUCAUCAACUUGGUCAAGUUCUGGAUGGACUUGAAGAACAAGCAGCCGCCUAAAGUGAUCUAUUACGAGCACGCGCAACACCAGCACCACUACGAGCACGACGACCACGAUCACGGCUACUGGGGAAGAUCCUCGAACGAUUCUCCUCAGGAUCUCGCUUACUCUGCCCACGUUCCCCAAAAAACUAAUUAACGUUGUCCCCCUCCGACCGUCGCGACAGCAACGUCGGAAAGAGAAGCGGUCGAACGGCUUCUCUUGCUCAGGUUUUUAGUUAAUUGCUGAACGCGUCGCCGUCGACGCAGCUAUUUCCAGCGAACUAUUUAUUUGUUAUUUUAUUUUAUGUCGCCCUCGCGGUACGCGCCGCGCCGACCCGUUCUCGCGUACCAAAGUUCACUUUGCGUACCUGUCGUUACACCGUGCAUCCACCCACGCUGCAGUCCUGCCAAAACUUAUUUAUUUAUUUGUUUCUUGUUUUGUUGUAAUUUAAUCGUUAACUUAUUCACCUGUAAGGAACGUACAAGCAAUAAAUUAUUUUGAUAAUAAA